CUCAGGGCAGCGCGGCUCCCGGAGGAGCGGCAGGAGGAGCCGGCCCGGGGGGCAGAGAGAGAGAACCCCGGAGCGAGUCCCCGGAGCCCUGCGGCCGCCCCGGCCCCGCCGCCGGGCCGCGGCGAUGCCCACCGCCUCCGCCGUGCUGCUGGCGCUCGCCCUCUGCGCCCUCCUGGGAGAUGGUACAGGCCACCCGCCACCCGAGUCCCACCUGGCCGCGCACCCCAGGACCAAGCGAUGCUCCUGCAACAGCUGGCUAGAUAAGGAGUGCAUUUACUUCUGCCACCUGGAUAUCAUCUGGGUCAACACACCUGGACACACCGCUCCCUAUGGCUUGGGAAGCCCACCAAGGCGGCGCAAGAGAUCACUCAGCAGGUGCGAGUGCUCGCACUCCAGGGACAGCAUCUGUGCCACCUUCUGCCAGGUGAAGCCUGGGUACCUCCAGAGUCUGAAGCUCCCAGCGAGCUCUGGAGCACCAGCGAAGUCCCCACAGAGUGGUGGCAUGAGGCCUUCCCAUCAUGGCCUGCUGAGAGCUCUCAGGGAUCUUGCUGCCUCCAGCCUGUGGUUCGGCAAGCACCAGCACCAUUCUCAGAGGGACGCACAGCCAAUGGUUUUGCCGUGGAAGAAGAAGAGAUAAGAAUCAGGUGCAUAUCAAGUUCACCAGAAGAAUCUGGAGUCCUGUGGGUGCCACUAACUCCGCUGUCGGUAGUUAGAGCUGAAGGAAAGGCCAUGAGUGGAAGGGGGAAGAAGUGGAAGCCUCCAUGCUCCUGUUGUGUGAACCAGUACUGCAUGCGCUCCAGAGAGUGUUGUAAAGGGAAAACUGCCUCUAUACAGUCAUAGAUGUGUUGUGGAGCUGAAUUGUGCCUUUUUGGAUCGGGCAGGGGUCUUGCUGGAGGAGUACUAGCUUAACUCUGCGCUGGAGUCCCAGGCAGAGGGUCAGCCGGCGCUGGGCCGUUGAAUCACUCACAAAGCAGGCAGCUCAGUGCAGCCCCAGGCUGGGUGCUGAGCGCUGGUUCCAGCGUGGCCCCAUUCAGUGGUGGUUUGGCUGGUCUUUGUAGAUGGGGAUCGACCACCUCCAGCGUGAGCCUACCUUUGCACUUUUUUCUCUUACUUGUCAGAGAGUAUGAUAUGCGUAUGAAUGAGACUCCCACGGUAAAGCAGCUCCCAACUUUUAUUAAAGAAUAUGUAUCAUCUAGAAGCCUGAAAGCCAGCUGAGCAGUCAGGGGCAUUCUUUGGCUGAGAAGGUCACUGAAGGGCCAUCCGUAAGUGGCUCUUGUUUAGGUGGAGGAUAGCUUGCUUACACUGGAGCUUGCACCAGAUCCAAGCUGGGCUCCUGCCAUCAGACACAGCUGAAGUGGGGCUAUAUCUCUGCAGGACCCCCAUGCGUGCAGCCCCCUGUAGCCUGGGGGAGGGAGCCCUGCUGGGUACAAGGCAGAGCUGAGCUGCUAGCUUGGAUGAGUGCAGUGUUGUGAAUCUGUCUCAUCUUGGACAUACCCUUAGCAGGGUAGUGUUCUUCCAGCUCUUAACCUAACACCCCAGCUUUCUUUCAGCUCUACCUGAAAAGAAAGGCUAGGGGCAGAGAAGAUGGGUGGUGGGAAAAUAGCCUGCAAAGGCUUGCUUGCUGCUUCGCUUAGGUCAGGUUUUUGAUUCGGGCUCUAUAUAAUAGAUGACCGGUAUAUGGAUAGUGUGCCACUGCGAGAGGUGUAACCUAAAUGGAGAACACAUUAGGCCAGGGGCAGCCAGGUGGGACUGGCACAGAGGGAAGAUUUGGGAGGAGGAGAGCACCAUGCUGCCUGUGCAGCUUUAGGAGAAAGGCUCAGAUUUAAACUCAUGACAGAAUCCCGGCUGCUUCCCCAGCCGUGGAGCAGCACGGUAGUGCUGGCCCAGAGGAGAGGAGGAAUAAUUUGGAAAAAUCACUGAGCCCAGAACCUAGAAACCAAUCUUGCAGGCAAACACAAUCUCAAGGCUCUGGAGCUGUAUCACAAGUGCACUUUUGUUUGCCUGGGCAGAUUAACUUCUUUUAUAAAUCGUGGCUGCAGCUGUCAUCUGGUUAGCACGGAUAAAUAAUUGCUCUUCUGGAACCACUGUUGGGUCCCCCUCGCUGCCCAACCCAGUAUUACAUGUGAGCGUUUAAAAAGGAUGCUUGAAGGUGGUGGUGGACCAAAAUCUGUGGCUGUUGCAAGUGUAGUCCCAUUGGACAUACAAAAUACUUCCCUGAUUUUGCUUUAAGCCCGGGGGGUGGGGUGCGGAGGGGAAUGAGACCAACUGAUUGUAUCAUAAAUGAAACAGCAAACAAAUCAUUUGGUCCCCAAAGCUGCAGAGAAUCAUUUUAUAUUUGGCCUUCUGAAGGUUUGAGUCAUUCUAAAAAAAAAAAAAAAAAUAAAAAAAAUCCUUGAAAGGGUUUGUUCCAGAGGAAAUUUUGCACAUGGUUUAAUGUGAGCCUAGUAAUUUAAAAUAAAACUACUGCUGUAAAAUACUAUGUAUAUCUCCUUGUGUGUAUAAUGUCUCAUCUUUAAGUGACUUAUUGCACACAUGCCAUAUGUAGCAUUCAGAAAUCUGUGUAUUUAUUUAAAUAUAUUGAUUUUUUUAGACAGUAACUUGCAAAAUCUAAUUUGUAAUAAAUAAUGACAAAAGUCAA